UGACUUUGCAUUUCCUCCUGUUUUUAUUAUAGGCUAUCACAAUAACUUGUGAUGCUAACUAUCGAGACUCCGAGACUGUCCUCGUGGGAACAGUCGCACGGUGGAGUCAAGCGCGAUGUCCGCGGACGCUCGCGGUAAUUAAUUUAAUUUAAUCGCUAUCUCAUGGUUUAUUUCGUCCGCGAUGACAAUUUUAUCAUUUUUAUCUGCCGAUUAUGUUAAUACGUCUCGAUUAUUACGUACCUAUUUGCAGAUAGUAACAGUUUACUUUCCAUGUGUCGAUGUUUAUGAUAAGUCCGUCUUUGUUCUUAGUUCAGUGGAUACAACAGCUCUCGUAUUGUUGGACUCACUCACUCUCGUCACUCCUCACUACACUAAUAGAACUUAUGUUUAGAAAGUAAUAAAACAUGGGCGCGGGCGACGACAGCGAGGGCGAAGAGGCCGCGUCUGCGCUCGAGGAGGAGUUGUCCGUGUGCGACGAGGCGGCGCCGGCGCGCGCGCUGGCCGCGCUGAACGCGCUGCGCAAGUCGCGGCAGCACUACGACGUGCUGCUGCUGGCGGGCGGCGCGGAGGUGCCGGCGCACCGCGCCGUGCUGGCGGCCGCCUCGCCCUACCUGCUGGAGGCGCUGUCGGCGCCGCCGCCGGCCGCCAGCGGCGCCGCGCCCGCCUACCGCGUCGAUGACGUCGAGCCUGACGCUCUCAAGGAGCUCGUCGAAUAUGCUUACACUGGCAGACUGCGCGUCCGGUCGUCGAGCGACGCGCGGCGGCUGUACGUGGCGGCGUGGCGGCUGCGCGUGGAGGGCGUGCGCGCGGCGCUGGCGGCGCGGCUGCUGCGGCGGCGCGCGCCCGCCGACUGCCUGCCGCUGCGCGCGCUGCCCGACCUCGAGCCCCACCACCGCGCCGACCUCGACGCCUACAUCGCGCAGAACUUCGAAGAGCUGUGCUCGAUGGGCGCCCUGGGCUCGCUGCCCGAGGUGCGGCUGGAGAUGCUGCGCACGAGCAGCGCGGAGGGCGGCGAGGAGACGCCGGUCGCGCUCGCCAACGCCGCGCUCGCCUGGCUGCAGGGCUUCCAGGGCGAUCUGGAGGAGCUGUGCUCGCGGCCGCACCUGCUGUUCGUGGACAGCGGCGGCGCGCUGCGCGACUGCGGCGAGCUGCCCGAGCUGCUGGGCGACGCGCCCGAGCUGGCGCGCUACCGGCGGGCGGCCGCCGUGCGCCGCGCGCGCCCCGCCGCGCCCGCCGCGCCGCUGCCCGCGCUGCAGCUGGGCGCCCGCGCCGCGCGCGUCGCCGACUGCGCCGUCGUGGCGGCCAAGCAGCUCGCCACAGGCGACGCCCGCAACACGCGCGCGCUGGUGUCCGUGCGCGGCCAGCUGUUCGUGGCGCGCAUCUCGUGGACGGACGUGGCGGAGACGGCGCGCGGCGGCGUGCUGGGCGGCGCGCGCGCCGAGGCGGAGGGCGAGCGGCGCGCGCGGUUGCCGCACCGCCGCUGCGCGCACGGCUUGGCAACGCUGCGCGGCCGGCUCAUCGCGUGCGGCGGGUACGACAGGGCGCGAGUGUUGCAAGACGCGGUGGCGUAUGACCCCACUACGAACACGUGGACUGAGUUGCCUAAUAUGCGAAGCGCGAGGGCCAGGUUCCCCGCGGCCCGGCUCGGCGACGAGGUGUACGUGAUCGGCGGCAGCGACGGGCACGCGGAGCUGGACUCGGUGGACGUGUGGUCGGCACACGGCGGCUGGCGCGGCGCCGCGCGGCUGCCGCUGGCGCGCUCGCACGCCGCCGCCGCCGCGGACGAGGCGCGCGGCGAGCUGUUCGUGGUGGGCGGCUGGGCGGGCGGCCGCAGCCUGCGCGCCGUGCACAAGUACUCGCCCGGCGCCGACGCCUGGACGGAGGUGGCGCCGCUCAACACGGGGCGGUCGCAGUGCGCCGCCGUGUGGUGGCGCGCGGCGCUGUGGGCGCUGGGCGGCUGCGACGCGUGGCACUGCGUGGCGUCGUGCGAGUGGCUGGCGGCGGGCGCGUGGCGGGCGGGCGCGCCGCUGCCCACGCCGCGGCGCUCCGUGGGCGGCGCCGUGUGGCGCGGCCGGCUGGUGUCGGUGGGCGGCUCGGACGGCGCCGCGUCGCUGCGCCACACGGACUGGCUGGAGGCGGGCGGCGCGUGGGCGGCGGGCCCGGCGCUGCGGCGCGCGCGCGCGGCGCUGGGCGUCGGCGUGCUGGGCGGCGUGCUGUACGCGGCCGGCGGCUUCGACGGGAAGGAAUUCCUGUCGUGCGUGGAGUGCCUGUACGAGCCGGACGGCGAGUGGAGCACGCUGUGCUCCCCCCCGCCCGUGCCGCGCGCCCCCGCCGCCCGCACCCCCGCCACGCCCCCGGCCGCGGGGGAACACCAGGAGAGCGAAGAGAACGGCGUCGCGGCGCAGUGACGGCGCUGCCGGCGCGCUCCGCGGGGGACACAUUCCGACACAAGGUUCCACAGACUGACUUACACGAUAUUGUUUUAUCCGUACACAAUUUAUAAAACCACGUUUUAAAGACAUAGAUUAUAGUGAUAAUCACAUGAAAUGUUGAAUUUAUCAAAUAUUUAGCGGGAAACCGAGUUAUAAUGCGAUCCCCCACACCUCCUACCUUUGCGGCGCCGGCGCAGCACAGAGAGUAUAUUUUUAUAGCCUACCGUCUUGUGCGUUGUUUUUUAAAUAUUUUCCCGUCUUUAUGGAUGAUGUUAUUUAAUAUUGGCAUUUUGAUUGAUUGCUAAUAAUGCAGACGUAACUGCAAAUGUGAACUGCUUAAUUGAGACAUCUUCGUGUAAUUAAAACAAGUUACACAGAGGAAUCGCAGUUGUAGGUGAAGGGUGUAGUUUUAUUUUACCCAUAUAUUUGUAUUUACUAUUUUUAUAAUCUUGUUCCAAAUUCUUUAGACUUAUUUGUGAGCUCAAAAUUUAAUAUUAAUUUAGCAAAAUAAAAAUAUCUAAAUUAAAUUAACAAUGAAAUUUAAAAAAUGUAAUACUUAAUAAAAAAUUUAUUGUGAUUUGUAUAUAUCUUGUGUUCAGAGCGAUUUGAUAUGCCAUAUCAUUCCCCGGGAAUUGCAAAAUGAAUUUGCAUUAUAUAUUUUACUUUCCAAAAUGAGCUGGUCUCAGAAAUGAAGUGAACCCUGUGACGUCAUCAAAUGUAUCAAAACGAACAUUGGUUUUGUUGCCGAUCACUUCCCUGCACGUUGUGCAGGUUGAUGUCAUGAGUUGGCACAUUGAGUCUCUUCACGGCGCGCUUCGCGCUAGGGGCGGACCAGCGGGCGGCGAGGGCGGGGUCAAUCUUAUCAAAUUAUUUAUAAAGUAAUAGUUUUGCCCGCAAAUGUCUGUUUGGCUUAAACGUUUCUAGCAGAAAUAAUAAAAAAUAUGCACGGACGUAUCACACAGAUUGAACUAGCCUCAAAGUUAGUUCAAAACUUGUAUACUGACAUAUUUACCCGACGAUUUUAUAUUUUUGAAAACACAAACAGACACACAGAAUCAUUGACAAAGUUCUGUUGUUUUUUUUAUCAUUGAACAUUACUGAGCUACGGAAGUGACACGGAAUAAUAAAAAUACCCCUCUCCCCCGCCCCCGCCGCCCGCCCCCCGCCGGCGCGCCAGGGUCUGCUCGCCGCCACUACCUCAAAAUUGUUGCUCGCGCGACUCGAUGCCUUUACUAGCAUUUGUAUUGCAUUAUUGAAGUCUGUAUAUAUCGGCCUUUUGUAUGUGUAUUUUAGAGAAUUAAUGUUAGUCACGUGAUUAUAUGAGAGUAUAUUAGAUAUUGUAAUUGAUCGCAAUACUUUACUGUACGGCGGGGUCGUCUCGAUGUGCAUUUACGAUAUAUCCCUAUUUAUUUUAAUAGGCCUAUUUACCUUUAUAUACUUAAGAAAUCUUAAAGUUGUGUGUCAUGUUAUAAUUUGUCUAUCUAUGUGUAUUCACGCAAGUUGAGAUGGCAUUUGUGAUGCAUUAAAUGAAUUGAAAGCAAUAAAUGUUUCGCCCGCCCUCUAGUAGCGCAACUACGUGAUUGUGAUCCCUGUAAAAGACACUAAGUUAAGAGUCGUCCAGCCUUCCUUAUUGUUUCUCACGAGAAUAAACGUUUAGAUAAACAAUGUUGUUUGCUUUGCGCCUCACUAGCUCCCUCUCGCGGUGACUAUUGUCGUGGCGGCAAGCGUCAUUGCUAGUUGUAUCAUAUUACGCGUUAAUGCAUAUCAGUGCAGAAACUUCGUGCAUCCAGUAGACUGCUAAGGAUUUAAUAAGAUUAAUACUAGCGGACGCCCAGGCCCACUUCAUUUGUUGGUGUGCUCAUUACAGCAAUACAAUCGCCGAAGCCAAUGAAAUCCGACCGUGUCGCAGCGAGAUUGCAUAUCGGUAGGUACCUAUGUACCUAUGGGUUGGAUUUCUGUUUUACUGAACAGUACGGCGGCAAAAAUUGCGCCCGCGCAGUCUUGUAGAGCGCUCGCCUGUGAUUUGCAGAAUACAUUUCUAACAAUCGACAAUAUAAAAAAAAAGCGUAGUAAAAACAUUUACUUCUUGCAAAUUUAUUAAGUAAUUGAAAAUAAUCAAAACAUAAUUGAACACCUUUUGCCCUUGUAUCUCUGAUAAAAAAAUAUAAAGCAAUAACAAAAGUUACAUAUACAUACUUCAACCACUUAAAAACAAACAAUUAAAUUUUUCGAUCAGAAAUCUUUAUCGUUUGUUACCGGCCGUGAUAUUCUGAAAUCAAUGUUAGUCUGCAUAUGGCCGCACUAGAAAACCUUCUAAUGCAGAUUUAUAACGUGAAUAUCUACAAGCUUUAAUUUGAACCAACUGGUUAAGCACUGACUUUAUUGAGAGGUAAUCUUUGAGUAAGAGUGAGAAUCUGUGUAACCGUUCGCAUUCGAGUCUUUACAAACAGUAGUAGGUAACAAAAAGUGAGGUAUCUGCGGUGGAUUGUGAAAGAAACCCACUCUCUUAUCGCGUGUCACAAGUUGAACUUUCAUUAUCGUCAUAUCAGAGUAUAAGGGCCUGAGGUCCGCUUCGCUAGCCCCCGUCCACCGCAAUGAGCGUGGUCCCGGCCGCGACUCCCGCUUCCAAGACGACGGCAUCUCGAGCGCUGGGUCUAAGUCGGCAGCUGUUGAUGGUCAUUCUAAGUGAGUAUUAACUAUAUAGUCUUUACACUUACAUACAUAGAAUUAUGUCUAUAUCCCUUGCGGGGUAGGCAGAGCUAACAGUUUUGAUAAGUCUGAUAAAGCUGUUUGGCUUAAAUGAUAAAAUGGAAAAUACUUAAUGUAAGGUAGGUAUGGCAUUUAACGCCCAAUGUGUAAAAACGCCCGAAUGCUAAAAAUCGGAGAUAAUGCCGCACGAGUUACGUUAUACUUCAUGCACACAUAGAAUAAACCAAUAGGAACGCGCGGACGCGACGCGGCGCCGCUCAGGCCAUCGGUCGCUCAGUUGUGAACCGAACUUGAAGGACGCCGGCAGUGCAC